AUGAUCAACAGACACGCUCUUCGAGGCCAUCCCCAAAUCAUCGUCUCACGAUCGUCCUCACAUCUGCCACAGGUGCUCGCCCAGCUCCAUCAGCUUCUCGCCCAUCUGCCGCCGUGCCGCGUUCUCGAUACCCCGCUCCGGGUUCGCCAGCUGCUCCGAGUAGUACAGCUCAAUCAGCUCCUUGAGCUCGUCGUACGUAAACGUGUCGCUGCGGAGGGCCGCCUCGCCGUCGGCGGCCAUGGCGGCACCCGUGGCCGCGGCCUCCGCCUCCGUGCGCUCCUUGCGCUCCUUGCACUCCUUGGCCUUGGCCACAAUGGCAUCGGGGCCCUUGUCGAACAGGGCGUAGUAGUUGGCGGCCCGCGCCAGGUCGACGCCGUCCUCAAUGUUCUUGAGGUUUUGCUGGAGCACCAGGAUGUUGAGCUGCAUGCGCCCGCAGCCGCGGCUGUUCAUGGGCGUGACCAUCUUGGCGUUGCCGACGAGAUAGGCGUUGACCAGGCGGCCCAGGCCCUGGCGCACAAAGUCGACCUCGCGGUCGCGCACGAGGCAGCGGACGACGGUCUCGUCGUACGCGAUGAGCUCGCUGUUGAGCGACAGGAUCUGCGGGUCGGGCUCGUUGACGUCCUGGUCGAGCAAGUACGGCGCCGUGGCCUCGGGGGACAGCGCGACGCCGAGCGCAUAGGCGAUGCGGCAGCGCACUUCGAGGUGCAGCGUCAGCAGCGACGUGGCCGCGAGCUCCUCGUAGACGGGGCCAGAAUCGGCCAGAGCCUUGCCCGACUCCGUGUUGAGCAGCGUCCACCGCCGCUUGUCGGGCUUGACCAGGGCGGACGACGAGCCGGAACCCGCCGCGCCGCUCGCACCUGCGCCGCUGUUGCUGCUGCCUGCGCCGCGGCCGGGGCCGACAGGGUCGCCGUCGGGUCGUGUAAUGUGCCGCAGGCCGCCAAUCUUGACCGCCAGCCACUUCAUGCUCGUGUACAGCAAGCACAAGGAUGUGAUGGCAUCGCGGUCGGAGAUCACGUCGCUCAUGCCGAGGCGUUGGCUCUUGCCGCUGUAGCGCGCCAGCAGCUGCUCCACCUCGCGCUGCAGCAGCGCUGUCUUUUUGAGCAUGAGGACCAUCGGAUCGUCGACGGCCGACGUGGCUGCUGUAGACGCGGCGCCGGUUUCGGCUGCGUCGGCCAGCUCCUCAUCGACGGCCCAGAGCGCACGCACUGUAUUGGCCACAUCGCUGCCCUCGAGGGCGAGCACGGCCGACUCGCGCAGACGCUGGGUGUCGGCGUCGCUUCCCGUCGGGCUGGACGUGUUGGCUGUCGAGUCGUUGGCACCGCCGCCGCCGCUGCUGUCGACCUGCGUCUUGGUCACAAGCGCCUUGUACCAGCUGAAGCACCGAUCGUAGUAGCGCAUCAUUUGCGUGAUAAUCAGCGCGCUGAGCGCCUGGUCGUGCGGGAUGGUGCCGAGCAUGCGGCAGAAGGCCGUGACGACGGAGAAAAAGGCCGUCGUGCCCUUGAACACGGGCCGGCGCGCCACCUGGCUCCAUUGCGGAUCCAUCUGGAAAGCGUCCGCCUCGCCAAAGACGGCGUCGCUGAGCUUGCCGAGCGUCUCGUCCAGCUGCGGCUGGAAGACGUUGACCAAAAAGUUAUCGAGGAACGACGUCAGCGUGCUCGCGGCCAGGUCGGACCCGGGCGGCACGAUGCCCCGCAGCCGCUGCAAGAACACCAGCGUCGGCGGCAGAAGCAGGCUCAUGUUGAACACACUGGGCUCGACAAGCGACUUGUGGAAGUCGCCGCCGCCGCCGCCGCCACCGCCGCCACCGGCGUGCGACAAUGGGUCGAGACUGCCUGCAGCGCCGUAGCUCUUUCGACCGCCCUUCUUGUCACCGCCCUUGCGCCCGCCGCGGAUGGCGGUGGCAGUGCCGCCAGAGGCAGCACCGCCCGCGCCGUUGUUGCUCGUCAGGCCGGGAACAGCGGCGCGGAUGAUGCCGUCCAGUGCCUCGUACUCGGUGGCCAUCUCGAGCGACUUGGCAUCGGCCUCGUUGAACUUGAACAUGUUCUCGCGGCUGCCGCCCGCGCCAAGCGAGCCGUUCCGAAGCCCGCCGCCGUUCAAAAACAUGCUUCCACGGUCCCCGCCGCCGUGGCUGCCGCUUCGGUAGAGGUCGGCAUCGGUGGUGACGUAGUUGUGCAGCAGGGAUCGGAUCUCGUUCUGGUACAGGUUCCAGAGCUCCUUGAAGCUGCCCAGCAGCGCGCUGUUGUUGCCGGCGCCCUCGCGGCGGAUCAGCGCCUUGAUGUACUCGUGGAAGAUGCGGUGGCCCUCGGCAAUGGCCUCGAAUUUACCAUACAGAGUCCACAGGAGAUCGUAGAUGACGUCGGCGCGCAUUUGCAUCUCCCGGCUGCCGUAGAUGUGGAGGCCCGCGCUGGCGGCAGAAGAAGCGCCUGCCGCUGCGGCCGAGGAGGACGAUGCGGCACCCGCUGCCCCACCCGAGCCACUGCCGCCGCCGCCGCUGGCAUCGGUUCCGUCACCACCAGCGCGACUGCCGCCACCCGAGCCGGCGCGUGCCAGGUAGGAGCCAGUCCCACUGCCGCUGCCACCCCGAAGGGAGCUGGGGUGCUUCUGGUCGAUCUCGUUGACGGUCUCGUGGACGACAGAAAAGAGCUCCACGGGCAGGCGCUGUUUCAGCUGGUCGACGGCGGCCUCGAGGCGGCCGAGCUUGUUCAGGGACUCGAUGACGAGCGUGAUGUAGUAAAAGGUGUCGCCCUCCGGGUUGCGGGCCGGGUCUUCCUGCACGGCAUGCUCGACGUCCAUGCUGUCGAGCAGGGCAAAGAAGGGCACAAAGUUGGCGGGGGUGUCGGCGGCCGACGCGGCCGGGCCCAUGGAGGCGCCGAGCACCGACACACCGGGCGUAGGCGUCGCGCUGCUGCGGGUCCCCGCCGCGGUGGCGGUCGUCGUGGAGGCGGCGGCGCCGCUGCUUCCGCUGCCCGCGCCCUGGUGCUUGGCCAGCGUCUGCCAGCGCUCCUGGCAGUACGGCGACUUGAGGUAGAGGUGCUCGUGCAGCUCCUCGACCAAGAUGUCCAUGAGCGCCGUCUCCUGGUUCGCGAGGUAGCUCCGCAGAUCCGACAGGGCGCCGAUGCCGUCGAGCUCGGGCUUGCGCAGCUUGCGCAGCGCGUUCUGCAGGACCUCGACGGCCGUCAGAAACUGCUUUUCCGAGAUGCGCGCCUCGAGCCGCUCGGGCACCUGGCGCAGCUCGUCCAGGUCGGCCAGGGUCUGCAGGAGAUCGUCGUACUGCUGCGACGCCGCGUACAGCUUGGCGAGCUCCGGGUCCGUCUUGCAGAGGCUGGUCUUGGAGGCCGCGAGCCCCUCCUUGAGGGUGCGCACCUUCUUCUGCGAGGCCUGGAUGCUGCUCUGGAUCUUGUGGAAGGUGCCGAUGGAGCUGUUGAAGCCCUGGUGGUAGUCGUGGACGAUGCCCUUGAGCGAGUCCUGGAGGUACUGGUGGGUGCGCUGGAAGGCGCGGUACUCGUGGGCGCGGCCGACGGAGCUGCUGUCGAGCAGCUGCAGGGCCAUCUGGACGGGGACGCAGUCCGUCUGGCACAUGGCCGGCCACUCGGCGCGGAUGCGGUCGAGCGCGUCCUGGCCGAUCUGGCGGCGUUCGGGCUGCAACGACGCGCCGCCGUAGCCGCCGCCGCCGCCGCCGUAGCCACCGCCGCGGUCGCCACCGGGUCCCUGUCGUCCAUAUGGCGGCUGCUGCGUCUGGAGCUGCUGGUUCGAGGGCUGCUGUCGCGGACGGCGCUGUGUGGGUGGCAGAGGGCCGCGGUCGUCGUACUGGUCGUAGGGCUCGUCUUCGCUGUCGGCCUGCCGGUACAUCUGGCGUCCACCGCCGCCGCUGCCGCCCAUCCGUGGAGGAGGUCGACGGUCGCUCCGGUCUCCUCGGUCACUGCGGUCGUCCCCGCCGCGCGACGACGAGCUCAUGUAGCCUCCGCCGCCUCGCCCAUUGCUGCUGCUGUACCCGUCGCCGUACGGGUCGUACUCGUCCUGCUGCUGCUGCUGCUGCUGCUGCUGCUGCUGCUGCGGUUGUGGCUGGAGUCGCUGCCGCGCCGGCGACACUUGCGGUGGUUGAGGCUGCUGCUGUCGUGCAGGCGGGUUCUGCUGCUGUGGCGGCGGAGCACCAAAGUUGCCGUAGCCGUUGCCGUUGCGGAAGCUGCCGCCGUAUCGAUUGGACAUGGCGCGGGAGCAUCGGCCGGGGGAUGCUUGCCACUUUCCUCGGCGACGCUUCUACGCCUGCGAGUACGCCUGCGAGUCCGCCUGCGACUCAGUGUCCUGGCCGUCGUCCAUGAGCAGCAUCCGCGCCGCGCCCUCCUGCACGUCGUAGGACAGCGUCAUGUCCACGUUACGUCCGUGGAUCUCGGCGACGCCGGCGCUCAGAAUGUUGAGGAAGGGAAUGUAGUCGUCCGACUCGCGGAACUGGCAGCGGCUCGACUGCGACUCGCAGUGCUGCAUGAGGGCAUUGACCGUCUCAAAGAGGACGAAGCACGACGGGCACUGGACGCGCACCUUGGAGUGCGCGGUCUCGGAGCGCAGGUGGCCAAUGAGCCCGCCGGCGGUCUUGAACAGCUUUCCCACGCUCUGGCAGCUGGGGUACGGGCAGUUGAAGCGGCGGUUGGUCUUGUUCUCGUAGCGGUAGACGCUGAAGUUGGGGUGGUCCGGGUGGUGGACGGUGAUGUCCUUCUUGCGGGGCGAGGUGUUGUCCAUGGCGUGGGUGAGGAUAUCGCCGUCGCCGCCAGCGCCAAAGUCGUGCGCGCCCAAGCCAGCGCGGGCAGCGGCCCGCCACGAAGCGACCGCCGCCUUGACUUCAUCGGGUUUGCUCCGGCUCGAGAGGCCGGCGAUGCCAGCGAGGUUGGCGAGGUUGGCAAGGCCAGCACCCAGGGUCGGGCCUGGAUUGGUGGGUGUGCCACGCGGCGUCGGCUUGGUUGCUGGUGCAGGGUGGCCGCCGGAGCCUUCACUUCCAUGGCCGUGGUGCGCAGCGGCCUCGGGCUUGAGCAUGGUCUGGCCCGCCCAAACGCUCAGGCCCUGAAAACGCUGGUGGACGGCGUGGAGAUGGUCGUCCGUCAGCAGAUCGGGCGCCUUGGAGUCACCGUGGCGGAAGUCACGAACCACUUGGCGGUGCUUGAGCCUGUCCAUGUCCGCUCCAGCGCCAACAGCCAGCCCAUCCGCGUCCGCGUCCUCGUUUUCGUCCUCGUCCUUGUCCGCCUUGGCUUUCCCCUUGCCUUUGCCCUUCCGGUCCAGGAUGCCGCCGACGCCCAUGUUGCGCUGCCGCUUGAGAAGCAGCGCCUCCGAGGCCAACGCCGACGUGGGCGGGACCGCAUGGCCGUUGUUCUCGCUUCGGUUCACGAGAUUGCCGCGAAUGCCGCUCGCCGUCGUCGUGCGCACGGUCUCGAGCUUCGAUUCAGCCGCGACGGCGGCGGCCUCGCGGGGGUCAAUGUUGAUGAAGGUGCCGAAAUCGCCGACGGUCACGCCGCUGUGGUUGAAGAUGCCGAGCUGCGUCUCCCGGCUCGCCACCGCGUCGGGGGCGACGACGCCGUCGACGGCGGACUCUGCAUUGACGUUGAAACCACCGUCGUCGCGCACCGAGCCGCCGCCACCGUCGAGGGCGGCCUGGGCCGCCGCACUCGCCAGAAGAUUGGUGGCCUGCACUUGCAGAGCACGGCUUUCCUUGACUCGGCUCGCCCGAAUGUGCGGGCAGUCGUCGUUGUCGAGAUGGUGCAUGAGGGCGUGCAGCCGGGUGAAGAGGGCGCGGCAUCCGGGACAAUGCAGCUGCUGCUUCACCGGGUGGUUCAGCUGGUAAUGGCGGACCAGGCCCUCAAACGUGCGGUGGUCCAGCUUGCAGAUGUGGCAGGACAUGUGCGACUUGCGCUUCGUGGUCCGGAUCAUGUCCCAUUUGUGCGUGAUGAGGGCUUCCUCGGUGGCAAAAAUCUGCACGCCGUCCGCGCACUCGAAGCACUGAAAGAGCUUCUCGUCGUCGUCCUCCAUGGCCGACGUCGUGAGGUUGAUGAGCAGGGAUCGUAUGGGCGUGAGUCGUGA